CCCUGCCUGUGGUCUCAGUCAGAAUGAUAGAGAGAAGGACGGCAGGGGUAGAGAGACAUAAUGGAGACUUAGCUUUCAACGGAAAUAACUUUCAUAACGCUGUCUGGUUUUCUUUAUCGUGUAUUUGACUUCUCUCUGUUGAGUUCACUUAUCUUUCUUAAUUUCACGGCGGUUUUGCCGCUUUACGUUCCGAGUUGUGUAUCCUUGGCAACGCGAACAACUCAGCGAAGUUUGGAUCAAGUGCUGUACCUUCAAACAGAAAAUAAACAGGAUAUUCAGAUGAACUAGCUGAACUGACUCCAAUGCGCAUGUAAUCGAGUGCGGGAUCCAUUUGAAAAGUUUGGUAUUCAUUUUUAACGUGUUAGUUUAUUGUAUUUUAAUCCUAAUGUCUAGAGAAACGGGAAAGCGCGAGACAAUAGUGGUGUAGAGCUCGUGCAGGGUGCGAUCGAUGCCGGGGGCUUUGUUCUGUCCUGUGUGGAGACCUACCGCCACCCUGCUGUGGAUAUCGACCGAUUGACCGGUGGAUUAAUGAUUGGUUGGUGAUUAUUAACGAUUGGAGCAAACAUGGAUGUGACUCUGUCGGAGUUACUCGCCACUUUCAUGGAGUCACCGCUGGUGUUGUGGGUUCGAAUGUUGGGUCCUCUGGGUUCAUGUGAUAACGUAGGCUCAGAAGAGCGAGUCAACAUGUUCAUGGAGCUGGUAGAUGGUGUCUUUCUUCACAAGAUCAUGACACAUAUUGACCCCAGCCCAACCCAACAGAGGUUGAACAAGAAUGUGAACAAUGAUGUGUCGCUUCGCCUGUAUAACCUCACCGUUCUCAUCAGACACAUCAGGAUGUACUACCAGGAGACCUUACAGCAGUUGAUAGUCAUGCCCCUUCCCAACAUCCUCUGCAUCGCCAAGGAUCCAUUAUCAGCUAAGAGCAUGGAGGAUCUGAAAAGACUUCUGCUGCUGAUACUCGGCUGCGCUGUCCAGUCUGAGCGUAAGGAGGAGAUGAUAGAGAAGAUCAAGUUGCUGGACAUUGAGACACAGGGUGCCAUUGUCUCUCACAUCCAGGAGGUGACUCAUAACCAGCUAAAUGUUCUUGAUCUGUCUUGGCUGGAAGAGGGAUCAGAACUACCACAUGAGGAACUGGAACCUCUGUCCCGCAACAUGGCUGUGUCGCUACGGCAUCUGAUUGAACAGAGAGACAAAGCCAGUGAGGUGAUUGUGGAUCUGACCCAGGAGAGGGACUACUUAUGCAGUCAGCAGACCCAGGAAGGGUGCAGGAACCUGGAAAUGAGCAGCCUAGAGUGUGUCCAGCUUUCUGGUGGUGUGGGAGUGAGUAAUGGAGGCCCGGCUAUGAUUGUGUCUGGGUUGACUAAAGAGGAAAAGCAGCACCUAUCUGUGGAGCUCGCUGAUACCAAAGCCAAGCUCCGCAAAUACAGACAAGAACUGGAAGAGAAAACAGAGCAGCUGAUGGACUCAAAACACGAAGUGGAGCGUCUGGAUCAGGAGUUACAAAUACUGAAACAAGAGAAUCAGUCGCUGUCUUGUGAGGCUCGCUCUGUCAGAGUGUACAGAGACGAGGUUGACUCACUUAGGGAAAGAGCAGCCCGGGUUGACCGUCUGGAAACUGAACUGAAUAGAUGCAGAGAGAAACUCAACGAUGUUCAGUUCUACAAGACCAGAACUGAGGAACUUCGUGAGGACAACAUGACUCUGAUGGAGACAAAGGUGCUGUUGGAGGAGCAGCUGUCAGCUUCCAGGGGGCGCUGUGAAAAAAUGCACACAUUGGAGAAAGACAACUUGUUACUACGAGCUAAAAUACACGACCUGGAAAUGGAGAGGGACAAUGAGCGUCGAAGGUUGGAGGAGCUGGUGGAGGAGAACAUGCUGCUGGAGAUCGGACAGAAACAGAGUAUGAAUGAGUCUGCGCAUCUUGGCUGGGAGCUGGAACAGCUGACCAAAAACCAUGACAACACUAACACAGAGACUCGGAAGUCAUUGGUCCUUGAGCUGAACGAGUGUGUUUCCAGCCGGGUAUUGAAGCUGGAGAAGGAGAACCGUGAGCUUCAGGCCUGUAUAGAGAGACUGAAAGAGGACAACCACCUCCUACAGGAGCAGCAACUCAAUACCCAGGAGAUGGACAGGGAGAACCAGUGCCUUAGCAAGAAGCUGGAGCGUCUCCAGGGUUUAUUGGAUCAGGAGAGACUGACCAAUCAGGACAUGGAGUCUCUUGGAGAGGAAAUAUUGAAGGAGAAACAGAGUUUGGAGAGAGAAAUGCAUACUCUGAGAGCAGAGAAAGACAGACAGAUCUCAGAAUUGGAAAGCGAGAAGCAGCACCUUUCUGAUGUGGUCGUGUCUCUUCAGGGCCGCGCGCAGUCGAACAAUGUUGCCAGGGUCCGUGAGGUUGAGGCUGAAAACCGCCUGCUGCACCAGAACAUCACUGACACCAGCUCUCGAUUGGCCAGCCUUGAAACUCAACUCAAAGUGGCCAAUGUGGAGGCAGAGAGGCUGAGGGAGAGGGCGGGGCGGGUUGAAGAGGUGGAAAGAGACGCAGCAAGGCUAGAAAGGAGCAGGGAUGCUCUGAGCAGAGAGGUGGCCACUCUUCGUGCAUGCAGUGAGCAAUCAGAGGCUUUACAGAAGCAGAUGUCCUCCCUGGAGCAGGAGAUGCAUAGGUUGAAAUGGGAGGCAGAGGAGGCGCAGCGGGAGCUGCAGCGACUGGGACAGCUUGAGACAGAGAACAGCCUGCUGUCCAAGGAGAACCUGGACCUGCGCUGCUCCUUGGAAAACCUACGCUCCACAUCUGCCCGCCUGGCCAACCUACAGGAUGAGCACAAAGAGACACAGAGAGAGACACAGCAGCUGCAGAGGAUGCUGGAGGAGGCCAGAGAGGAAGCGCAUGGAGAGAGGAAGAGGGUAGAGAGACAUGAGGAGAAUGUGGCAGCUCUGAACCAGGAGAAGCAUCGCUUGGAAGAGGAAGUACAGAGGAGCAAAGAGGAGAGGGAAGAGGUAGAGAGAGAGAGGCAGGAGGUACAUGCCAGAGAAGAAGAACUGAAGAGGGAAGUGGAAGAACUGAGGGAGGAGCAGAGAAGGAAUGAGGAAAUUCACAAGGAAAGGAAGAAGCUUCAGUUGGACCUGGAGCAGUCAGAGAAGGGCAGGAAGCACUUGGAGAAGGAAAGCUUGAGGAUCAGAACACUGCUGGAGGGAAAAGAGUCAGAGCUGGAGGACAAAGCUAGGCAAUUGAUAACAGUGGAGAAAGAGAGGUCAGCUCUGAGUAAGGAGGUGGACAGGCUAAAGGAGGUGGCAGUCAAAGCCAAGGAGCUGGAGAGGGAGAACAAGGAGCUGCAGAAGCAGGCGACCAUUGACAAAAGGACUCUGGCAACACUGAGAGAGGAGCUGGUGUCAGAGAAGCUGAGUGUUCAGCAGCAGAGUGUUGAGUUGGAGAGGGUCAGUGAAGAACUGGAGAAGAUUGGACUGAACAGAGAAAAACUCCUGCAGCAAGAAUACACACUGGAGGACAAUAGGUAUAGGCUGCUGGAGUCUCGGCUGGAGGAGACUGUCCAACAGAUAAUGAAGAUUAAGGAGGAGAAAAUCUCCUGUCUAGAGAAGAAAGUAGAAGACAGCAACGUGCUCACCGCUACUCUACAUGCUGAAUUAGCUACCGCUUGUCAGAGUGUGUCUACCCUGCGCCAGCAGCAGGAGGAGGGAGGAAACCACAACUCAGGGGGCAAUCGUGGCCAAGCCACUGCUGAACUGCUACGAAUCAAAGAUCAUCUCAUUAAUGUAGAAAAGAAUAAUGCCUCUCUGCAGACAGAGAGCAAUCUAUUGAAGGAGCAGCUUAAACAGCUGGAGAACCAGAACACAUCUCUAAACAACCAGAUGGUGGCACAGCAGCGACACACCACCACCCUGCAAGAACAGAAUUCAGCCUUGCAUACACAGACAGCAAAACUACAGGUGGAGAACUCAAUGCUCUCCUCCCAGAGUGCAUCUCUCAUGGCCCAGAACACUGUGCUGCAGGGCCAGGUCACUGCCUUGGAGGCAGAGAUAGAGUCCUGGCAGCGGCAGCGUGAGGAGGCAUGGAGGGGCAGAGAAAGCAUCCUCAGUGACCAUGAACGCCUGCUGAGUGUUCAUGAGAGGCAAGCGCACGAAUAUGAGCAGCUCAUCAGUCAGCACACUACACUGAAAAGCAAACAGAGGGCAUUGGAGAGUGAGCACCGUGCGCUGCAGAGCAAGUACUGUAUUUUGGUGCAGCAGAGGGAGACGUGGGAGGAGCAGGAGGUGCGUGGUCAGAAAGAGAAGGAGGAACUGAACCAGCAGAUCAGUAAUCAUCGGCUACUACAGCAAGAGAAUCUGCAGCUAAAAACAGAAGUGGAAAGAUUGACAGAGAACCAAUCACAGCAGUCAGAGCAGAGUGAGGGGCUCAAGCAGCGAAUGAAUGAACUCAAGAAGUCAUUAAGUUCCACCCAGCUGGAAGUGAGUCGAUGGAUGGCACGGUAUGAUACGCUAAUGGAGCAACACCAAGGCCUGGAUCUAACCAUGACCAAACUAGACAACCACUGUGAGCUGUUGAGUCGACUGAAAGGGAACCUAGAAGAGGAGAACCACCACCUGCUGAGUCAGAUCAACCUGCUGAGUCAGCAGAACCACGCUCUGCUGGAGAGGAGCAUGGAAAGCAAAGAGAUGUAUCACCAGGAACAGAAGCUAUACAUUGAUAAACUGAACGCUCUUCGUCGUCAGAAAGAGAAACUAGAGGAGAAGAUCAUGGACCAGUACAAGUUCUACGACCCCACACCAAAAAAGAAGAGUCAGUGGUCUGGAGCAAAAGCUUUCGUUAAACUGAUCAAACCCCGAAAGGAAAGCAGCAGGGAGAGAGGGGGCGAACGAGACAAGGAGGGAGGAAACGAUAGAGAACGAGCCAAGAGCGCCCCAGACAUCCCACUACCUGCUCCUCCUCCCCUCCUCCACCCUGAAACUCCACCCCCACUUCCAGAGCGGAUGGCAAGUGACAUGCAGGACAAUGACCACACCCAUGGUACCCAAAACAGCCACACCAGCAGUCUCAGCUUAGGACCCCAGAGUCCACCCCUCACGCCCAUUUGCCGAGUAAAAGUCAAGAGAAGCUCCUCUCCCCACCUUCCUCCUCCUCCCGUCCCUCCCUGUCUCUCAGCAGAAGACUACGAUUCUGGUCAUCAGCAGACAUCUCAGCUGACGGCAUCAGUAGCCAGCCAAUGUUUGACUGACAGGAACCGGGGUGUUUAUUGCACCAGUACUCCAGGGAGCAGCAGUGAGCGUAUGAAUGGAGAAGAUGGACAAGACACAUCAGAUCGUCAAGGUCGCCCAGCCAGUCUCUCUAGUGAUGAUGUCAUGGGUCUCAGCCAAUCACACCAGACUCUGUCACGUAGUUCCACCCUCCCAUAUGACCACAUACCACAAAGGGCCCAACCACAGCGUGGAGUCCGGGUUAGAUCUAUGACACGGCCAUCUUCUCCUGGAAGUGAGAUGGUAACGCUGGAAGAGUUUCUACAAGAGAGCAAUAUAAACUCACCACCUAUGGUAUCUACAGGAAGCAGAGAGGACUUGAUGACAGACUACUUCACAAGAAGUCCAGCCCCCUCAGCUCCACCUGGUAGAGACCAAGUUACUCCUACCAGCUAUGUCAUACCCACUGUACAGUCAUCCAACCAGAGGCCAGGUCAGAGCGUGAAGCCCUCACCCCGCCAGCCUGUGGGUCAGUCUCCAGCCUCACGCCAGCCCGUCAUCCAGAGAACCAGCCAGUCACUUAACAGGGCUUUCAGCCUGGCCUCAGCUGAUUUGCUGCACUCCAACAGAUCAGACAGUUUCCGUGGAAAUGAAGGCCAAUCAGAGGUGGUUUUUCGUAGACAAGGGGGAGGGGCUAACGGGAGAGAACGGCCUCUCUCUGCUUGCUUGACCAAGCAGCAGGGAGAUAGCAGCCAACUAAACUCGCCUAUUCACCAUUCGUCCUCCCUCAAUCUGCAAACAGAGAGAUACUCAGAGAAAGAAAGAGAGAGGGGGAAUACUGCUAUCUCUUGCAACAGCCUUUCUUCAUCCUCCUCCUACCAGCACCAUGGAGAGGUUGCCAUGGUAACACCUGUCAGGGCUAUGCCUGCUACACGGCCUUAUGAAGCCUCAGAGCACAGGGAGGUGUUAAGAGAGGGGAGGUCAGAUGACUCCUCCCACUUAAAGAAAGAAAGUGAGAUAACAAGGUGUGGAUCUGUUGAACGGCCGAAAAGCACACCGGCUUCCCCUGACCCAAACAACGACCCCCAAACUGUGUGGUAUGAGUAUGGCUGUGUCUAAACACUGAUGGUUAGACACAGCCAGCUAAUGGACGUCAAUGGGUGUGCCUAAAGACAGAAACUAAAUGCUCAAACUGCAGUCUGCUGAAUACAAGAGCUUCAUGGGUUGUGUCCAAACCCUAAGACACAAGUAAUCCAUUCCUGAACUGUGCUCUUUGUAUUUUGGAUAAACAGUGCAAGCCUGGAGAUCUACCUUUACAUUGGCACACAGCCUAAAUUAGAAAUCUGUCUAAAUGGAAAACAGAGCCACAUUUAAAAACGUGUCUGCGUGAAGAAAUUGUUUGUCGAGUUUGUAUUUUGUGGCUAAAACUUUUGAAGGUAAAAAGCAAACUUGAUUCCAGACACCUGCCGCCUGAAGUCUCAUUUCACUUCACUAGCACCUCAGCCACUGGAUGUAUGGAGUCGGAUUCUUGUCACCAGAGCAUUAUCUCUUUCAAGGUGAGGCAAACAGAUUUAAGCUCAAGGACUGAGGAUCUUUUUAGCAUUUAAUUUGAACACCACUACACUAUAUAUGAGAAUGCUGGAAUUAAUUGGCCUCUGCUGUUUCAUUAUCACCACAUUGAGGGUUUUGUAUUCAGGCAAAGGAGCCACCAAUUUCUUGUUACUUUUGUUUAAUUGUGGAUGUUGUGACCAUAUGAUGAUGAUCCAGAUUUUCCUAAAGUCUUAAGUCUGAGAAUCCAUGACACUUAAAGCCGACGGGAACUGAGGACAAAUGCUAUGUGCCUAGUUGUAGGCCAUAAUACUAAGAAUAAGCUCAGUGUAUGAGCUGGAACUCCUUGACUGCUGACUAACACACUGUCUGGCCCUGCUGAUGUUUGCUGGGAGGCCACCUAUUCUGCAAAAACUGUAAGCCAGGAAUUAGCCAUCACUGGGCAAGUUGAUUGAAAGUGAGGGUGAUCAGAAGCACCAGAGCAACUGAAUGUAUCAAAUUUCUCCUGCUUUUCUGUCCUACUGCUCUCCUCCGGUAUCUACAACAAAUACUGGUAACAGAGAGAGUUGAAGCAAAUAAAGGAGAAAAAGGUGUAGAGAGUGAGAAUAGAUGGAGGGAUGCUGGGAUUAAAGACAGAUGUAGGGACAGAUAUAGUGACCGGAGGACAGAGAAAUAAACAAGGCAGGGUUGGAGGGACUCCUCCCAGUUAAAUUACAGUCUUUGACCCUCCAUCUUUAGACUCUGUCCCAGCAUGCAACACUCUUGACACUUUACUGGAAAUGUUGCUUAGCCUGAGCCAACACUAGUUUCUUUCUCACACACACACAAGGACGCACGCACGCAAGCAUGCACAUGCACACACACGCCUAAAUGUAAGAAUAUACAUUGAAACGGAGUCAUUGUCCUUCAGGGGGUUGAUGGUGGCUUCCCUAACAGUUGAGCUGAACACACGCACACACGCACACACACGCACACACACACACACACACACACACUCACUCUACCACAAGGGAAAACCACUGUGUUUUGGAAGGGUGUAUUGCUGCAGGCUACGUCGUCAGACAGUUGUAAGCACUGCACAACCGAGACAGAAAGGGAGAGAUUCAGACUGAAUCCAGACUCACUGAGAUCUGGAGAGUUGAAAUUUUGCAAGUAAUGAAUUAGUUUUGGCAAUGAUUUCAAGUUUUAUGACAGAAUGCACCAAGGUUUGGUAGAUGGUUUUGUUGCUUAGCAGACCCUUUAUGUAAUGAGACAAAAAUAUACAAGUGUCAAAUUUAGUGCAACAUGCAUAUAUUCUGCUCUAGCAUACACUCACUUAGGUAAUGUCUCUAUUUUAAUGCUGUCAUUAUUAGCAAAAAUACCCUGGUCCAUGGUAUUAUCACCUUGGAUUUGAGCCAGAGACAUUACUAAGUCAGAUAUAACUUCUAACACAGCUCUCUUAAUUGAAUGUAUGCAUUACUUUUAAGACUACAAGAACUGAAGGAUAAAUAAACACAGAUGUCAAACACACAACAUUGUCUGGAAAAUGAAUGGAGAAAUAGUUCAAUCCAUCAUCAAAUCAAAUCUGUCAAAUUUAAGACAUUGAUGCAAAAAGACAAUAUUGGCAUAAAUCAAUCCUAGUCACUGAUAUACUACACUGUCUGUCUUCUGUAAAAUACAAUAAAGGCAAUGCUACCAAACUUAGGAAAUGAAAAAUAUUCAGUUUUUCACACUGUCACGUCUACCUAAAUUACAUGCACACAAUUUUAUUUACACAUUUCAAAUUCUUAAUAUUUUCACUCAUCUCCCUUUCUGAAACUAAACUCAAUAACAGGAAAAUUUUGGUAUCAGUGAUUAUAAACACUUGGUGCAUUCUAUUCAGCCCAUUUGGUCAGAGCAAAGAGCAAAGGAGGAUGUUACAAGGGUGUAUGUCCUGGAGACAAUGAACUUAAUGAAAAAAGUCUGAACUGCUGUCUGUAUAUAUGAACCUGUCUCUCCUGCACUGUUAAUGACUGACAGCAGAGGUAUUUCUAAAAGCACAAGAAUGAUGAUGAGGAGGAGGAGAAAGAUGUAACACUGGAGUUGUGGAGAUGGAGAUUUGACUGGAAUCCAUCACUAACAUUUCCGCUCACCUUUUGAAUAGAACAUCAGUAUGCAACAGGCUAAAUUAUUUUAACUGAAACAUUUGUACGUUAUGUUAGAUUUUAUAAAAUGGUCAAAGAUCACAAGACUAAGAAGACUUUUGAAAAUCAGCUGGAACUUUAUGUUCAAAUGUUUGUUGGUACCAGAAAACCCACAACCCAAAUAAAUUCCUUUAAACCAGUAAAAACUGACAAAAAAAAAUGUUUAUUCCAUUGUAAAAAUGUAGUAUUUGUAGAUUCUUUUUAAAAUCAACAAUAUCACGCAAGUGAGAUGAUGUGAAACACUGUAGUUUGAUGCUGCAAGUAGUGCUGCGAUCUGUCUCUUUUGCGGUUGGUGUGUUGCCUUUGUUGAUCUAUGCACUUAAAGGCUCCUCUGCAUUGUUAGUUCCAAAAGCCCUUCAGGACCUUUCAGUGAGUGGGUGAUAAUUUCACUGAUGUCAGAGGACAAAAAUAUUGGAUUCACUGGAGCUUUUUUCUUUUUAUUGGAUCAACGCCAUCACACACAGUGCUGCAAAUGUGUGUCUACGCUGUUCAUUUUUGUGUUUCUGCUUUGCUGACUGUGUGCCCAUCUGUUCCCAUGUCUUACUCUCCCAUAAUUCACUUCAUCACCAAAAUAAUCACCAAGACUCUGCUCUCUGUCUAUGGGUCGCGGCAUCAUUGUGCAACCAAAAAAUGAAUACAAAGGACACCAAAUAGCUGCAGUGCUAUGCAGCAUCACAGGAGAGAAGUGAAAGCAGAGGGUGAAGUGGAGCUAACGUCAGGCAUUUCCUGCUUUAACUGGAAUAAAUGCUACUAGAAUUCAUAUCUGACUGCUAUGCUGUGAUGUGACAACUGCUUAAAGGCUACUAGUGUGAUUCCGUAGAACAUGAGGUUGAUGUUAUUAUGCUCCAAAGUUUUUUGGUAAUAAAGAUUUAUAAACUAAA